AUGGACACUGGUGAUGGUGUGAGAGAGUCUGCAGUAGGUCCACCUGAUAUCACAGAAUCAAAGAAAGAGUGUCUCAGCAAUGAAGAGUGGCCAAGUAGGAAUUACUCAGAAUUGACAGAGUUUAUUCUCCUCGGAUUCAGGACAUCUCCGGAAGUACAGGUUUUCUUAUUCUUACUGUUCUUGCUUAUCUAUCUGGUAAUUGUAUUGGGAAACAUCAGCAUGUUAAUCGUUAUUAAAAUCGACUACAGACUUCAUACACCUAUGUAUUUCUUUCUUAGAAAUCUAUCUUACUUAGAUCUCUGCUACUCCACAGUCAUUGCACCCAAAACUCUGGCUACUUUCUUGUCCAAAGAAAAGAAAAUUUCCUACAACGGGUGUGCGACACAGUUCUUUUUCUUUGCCCUUUUUGUUGGGACUGAAGGUUUCCUUCUGGCUGUGACGGCAUACGAUCGCUUCUCAGCCAUUUGCUCACCUUUCCUCUAUACUGUGCGGAUGUCUCAGCAGGCUUGUGUCCGCUUGGUGCUUGGAUCUUACAUCUGCGGAUGCAUCAACUCCAUGAUACAAACAGGUUUCACCUUCAGUUUGCGUUUCUGUCAAGAGAACAGACUGGACCACUUUUUCUGUGAUGUCCCAGCCCUGAUCAAGAUCUCAUGCGUUGACACCUUUGUGAACGAGAUUGUGCUGUUCGUGCUCUCUGCUGUCAUCAUCAUCACCACCACCACCGUCAUCCUGGUUUCCUAUGCGUACAUCCUCUCCACUGUCCUCAAGAUCCCCUCGACCCAGGGCAGGAGUAAGACCUUCUCCACAUGCAGCUCUCACAUCACGGUGGUGAGUUUAUUCUAUGGAACUGUGUUCUUCAUGUACGCCCAGCCUGGGGCCAUCUCCUCACCAGAGAAAAGCAAGAUUAUAGCUGUAUUCUAUACUCUUAUCAUUCCUAUGUUGAAUCCUCUGAUUUAUAGUCUAAGGAAUAGGGAAGUGAAAAAUGCUCUGAAAAGGAUAUUGUUGAGAAAAAUGCCUUUUUAUUAA